AUGGCGGCCAUGCGUCCGUCCAAAGGCGAUGAAUCGGAGAAACUGGAGGAGGAGGCGGAGGAGGAGGAGGACGAAGUGGAGGAGGAGGCGGAGGAGGAGAAGGAGGCAACCAUGGUGGACGUGGACGAUGAAGACGCUGCUGAUGUGAAGUCAGCCGUGCUUGAGGGAAUUGCACUGGAUGAACAGAUCCUCAAGGCAACGCAGGGGUAUCCAGUAUACUUCCAUGCCUCGAUGAUUUCAGACUUGAAGAGCAGUGAUGAGCCAGCAGAAGUCGAGCAAGAACGUCGGCUAGAGGCAGCUGAGGGCCUUGUUUGGAAUGCAAAGUUCCAGCAGUUGCAAGAACAGGUUGCAGCAGAUGUUCAGUUGACUCAGCGGGCAGCUCACAGGUGUCGCACCGUAAAUGGAGACCAUUUGGAUGUCUCCGAGCCGUGCGGCGUUCACGCCGCCGCAGUCUCCGAGCGUGGUCGCUUGGGAGGUGGAGGACGCUUGACGUCACCGCCCACGCAGCGUUUGGCGGACUACAGCGGUCAAGCUGCGCGGAUGUGGGGGGUUCUCAGCGGGCUCGCGGGCGCCAUUGUUCCGUUGGGUUUCUUUGCGGCUCCAAAGCUAGAGAAAGAUGACAGCCCUCGUAAAUUUGUGAAGCGCCUUCACUAUUUGGUGGCAUCCAUCGGCAUUUGUUGUGAGCUGAUUGCAGUCGUGUGGUCGACAGUGGCGGUGAACAAGUUGAAUGUCCCCCAGCUACGCCACCUCGCGAGCGCCGUCUCGGCGCUUGGAGCCGCAGGGGCCCCGUUGGAUCAGUUGCAGGGGACCUUUGAUGAGGUGCUGCUGAGGCCCUGGCGCUUUCCGCCGCACGUGCAGCGCCUGCACGGCCGCGCCGAGGCGGAACGGCAGCAACGGCAGGACCUGGUGGACCAGUCGGCCAUCGGAGCGCAGAGGCAGAGCCUCUUCGCCAGGAAGGUGGUCUAUGCCAUCGUUGGAAGAGAAAGCCCACAUAUACAAGUCUGUGUGACCAAGUAUUCCUGCGCCCAAGAUUUCUUCGAACGCUCCGUGCAGGAGCUGCAAAGAACGGCCCGGUCCCACGGCUCCCGAAACACCUCCAGCGGGCGGCGGAAGAACGCGGCGAAGUCGGGCUUGGCCUUACAGAAUCCGGAAGGUCUACUUCUUUAUGUUCUUGAGAGCCUUGACAGUGGUGACAUCCCCUACCACCGCAUUUGCGACCUGCGCUUGCGGCACUGGGCGCAGCUGGUCCGCGACCUGUCCGGCGAGUGA